AUGUUAUUUUUUCGAUUUCCUUGAACCAACAAUUGAACAAUUUAAAUAUCAAUCGAAGAAGGCCACGUUUGUUUUGACUCUUUUUCAGUGUUCGUCCACAAUAUCUCUGACUGCAUUUCCUCAUUACAAUUCACGAGAACACAGUCUUGUGUUAAAGUAAAACAAUGCCGGCUGAGAACGAUCUAGGAGAUUGGUUUCGUGGUAUUCCUGUUGUAACAAGAUGGUGGUUUAGUUUGAGUAUCGCCUUCACUCUGCUUGGUCGCUUCCGUAUAUUAAACGCUGUGUACAUGUUCUUGUCUUUUGAUCUGAUCGCCUAUAAAUUUCAGAUUUGGCGUCUAUUCACAAGCAUUGUGUUCUACCCUCUUUCUCCUCAAAAUGGCUUUCAUUAUUUGAUCAAUCUGUACUUCCUGUACAGCUACUCAACUAGACUGGAAUCGGGUUUGUUUAAUGGGAGACCUGCCGAUCAUCUGUUCAUGCUAAUCUUCAAUUCGAUCAUAUCAAUUAUUAUUGGAUUUGUGAUGAAUUUAUUUUUCCUCAUGGAUCCACUUGUCCUCAGUGUGCUUUAUAUUUGGUGUCAAAUUAACCGCGAUACAAUUGUUUCGUUCUGGUUUGGUAUGCAAUUUAAGGCAAUGUAUCUACCCUGGGUUUUGGCAAUCUUCAACAUGGUCAUUGGUGGAGGUGGAUUGAUAGAACUGGUUGGCAUAUUUGUUGGUCAUCUCUAUUUCUUUCUCAUGUUCAAAUAUCCCCAAGAUUUUGGUGGCACAAGGUUCAUAAAUACUCCAACUUUCUUGUACAGACUACUCCCAAAUGCUCGUGCAAGUGUCUCAGGCUUUGGAGUACCACCUGCAAGCAGGCGAGCUGCCGAUGCUGGGGGAGGGCGUCACACUUGGGGUCAGGGAAGACGUUUAAACGAUGAUUAAUAUUUUAAAAUACUUGAAAUUGAGUACAGAACUGCAAGUACAAAAGCGAUGGCUUUACAGCUGAGUUUUAUUUGAGUAAACAAUAUUUGUUGAGAGGGAACAGAUGUUUGUAUGUCAAGUUGUAAACUAUAAUUGAAAGAAAAGACCUAACUGCUUUCAUUCUAACACUGUUUCCUCAGAAAUAAAGAUUAUAGAUGGCUAUAUAAAUUAAUUAAAUGUUGCAGUUGGAUUCACAUCACCAAAUACAAAACAUUUGUUUACUUA